AUGUCGCACAGAAAUCCGACGUAUGACACCCAACCUGGUGUUUCCAGAAACAGAGAUGCUACCGUGCCACGAAACACCAGAACACCAGGUUCUCGUCAUGGAGCCCGUCAAUUCGACUCGACACGACCGGCCGCAAGCACACGUCCGGCUUCGCGCUCACCACCCCCUAUGAGGGAGGCUCCUCCGAGUCCCGGUGAAAAGCCUGGUCAAAGACCAACAGCCAUCCCAAGACCAGCAAUGAGAAAUCCUUCCCAGCGGCCUAUCGCAACUGCGAAGAGCACUACUGCCUCUGUCCGAACAACCAAGCCAACUGUACGUUCAGAUCCAAUUUCGCAAGAAGUCCCUUUAGUCAUGGACUCGUACCCGGGACCAAGACGGAGAGACGAACCCUCUAGUAAUAGGAGACUGGUCUACCCUCUGGAUCCCUCAAAUGACGCACAAUCUUCCUUGGAUGUUGAUAAAGAUGCGAUCUUCGGCAUAGUGAUGCCCAGAGCACAUCCGUCCGUUCGCACUGGCGAACUCCCGCCUCGAUUGAUUCCAGAGUUGCAAGCUCUUGCGGCUUCGUCAACACGACAACCACAAACACUUAAUAAAUCUGCAAGCUCGAUCAGCAGUCCAUCAACUCGGCUCUCCAGUUCCCCGAGUCCAUGGAGUCUAUCCACCACAACGACAACUCCGACAUCCUGGUCUUCGGCAUCACCUGGUAUCGUGCAGCAAGUCCCGGUGACAGGUUCCGCAAAGCGGUCGCAAACAGUCCCGCUUCCCGUGGGCAAGCGAGAAAAACAUCCUAAGAUGCCGGCUCUCCCAGAGUCUGUCCCUCGACCCGUCGCCAGUGAAUGGCCGGCAAGCUCGAAAGAGUCUGUGAAGUCAAUUGGCAGGAGGAGGACACCCUUGAAUACACCAGCCCCUACCCCACCCCCAAGGUCUUCGUCUGCGAAGCAUUCCUUGAGUAGGAGCAGUAGCAAAAGCGACAGGCAACGCGUGAGGCCGGAGCAGGAGCCUACGCCGUCCUCAUCCGACCUGGAACGCAGUCCCUCGGCAGCUCGAGGCUACCCAGAUCUGGUAAAUGUCGGAGAAUCACCACAGCACCGCACGCUUGUACGUGCUCAUGCCAAUCUCCAGCAAUCCUUACGUGAGAAACCGCCCAGCGCAAACAAUCAAGCCGCAGGUAUCUUCAACGACCAAAGGGCUGGCGUACUCCACAGUCAACGCUCAGGUUCAACUCGUCGGCACCCGGAUGUAUCGCGUCGGGAUCUCGAGACUCAACCCCAGCCUACUGAAGUCCCGAGGAUACAAGAGAGGGCGGUGCCCUUGGAAGUCCGUCCGAAGACCCCUAAGGACCCAGAAGUUGCAACACAAAGCUCCCCGGGCCGCACAGGGAAAUUCUCUCGCUUCGGAUUGUUCAGUCGCAGAACGAAGUCCCCAGCCGCCGAAGUCGAAAGGUCCCCUCGGAAGCUGCAGCGCCGUGGGCCAGCGGCUGGGACAGGUCAUGAAGCGUAUGGAAAAUAUGGAAGAAGAGGCCGCAAGACGUCCGAAGAGAGCGCUUCAGCUAGAGGAAGCGAGAGCGAAAGGUCUGUGAGCAGCACCAGACGGGUACCGCUUUUCUCCUCAAAAGGCAAGGAGAGCCGCAGUAGCAGCCGCCACAACCGAAGCAGCCAAUCCGAUCUUGACGAGUUCGCAGCGAGUCGAAUGAGGCCUGUUCCUAUCAUCGGUGGCUCUGGCAGUAGCAUGAAGAGCAAUUCUGCGACUCAAUUUGAGACAUAUGACAGCGCUUCCGUUCCACCCGCUCCCGUGGUCGAGACAUGGGGAUUGCCUUCGCAGUCACAGACGUCUAUUGGUCAACAGUCGGUCCAAGACAGCCCGCAGAUCGCUCGAGACCGUGCAUCGAGUCAGGAUAGUGUCCCUACGCUGGCAAUACGGCGAUCGCAACGCUUUGGCAACGACGUAGAGAAUUUCAAUCUCCCGACUCCAAUUCGGACCGAAGGACUUUCAGCGCCAUUGUAUAUCAACAGCCAAGACGACAGCCGUUCUUCAGCCUUUCCGACCUCUACGCCCAGCACAACGACUGAUCCCAGCCGCGGCGAUGCUGCUCUCCAGAAACCGAAGGAUAAGAAGACUAGGAAGCUCAGGUGGAAUAUUUUUCGGAGGAAAGGACCUGAACCAGAACCCGAAACGCCCAUCGGCGCAACUUCAUCUUCGCCCGAGGAGAUGCCAGUCAGCAUAUCCUCAAUUCCUGUCUCUCGACCUAUGCCGUACUACGCCGUGAUGGAUUCCGAGAGUGAAGUCAAUCCACCCGAGUAUGUCGGCGACUACCUCGCGCAAGGUGUCUAUUCGCCAGCGGACAGCCCAUUGAUCGGUGGAUACGAGGCAGAUUUUGCAGAGGCUGAGCUGCAGCCGUCUACGCAUGAGGAUAACGUCUUUCUCCCAACCGCGCCAAUAUCACCCCCGCAGUCUUUUGCGAGGUCGCCGCCAGCAGUGCCGGUGCAAAGCCAGACUGAGCACGUUUCGAUGCAAGUAGAGGAAAUGCCACAGAAACAGCCGCGCCUGAUUCGAGUUGGGAGGAUUCCGCCCGUCGUGCCGAGGAGUGAGAGACAGCAUAAGCCAAGCCGGGCGUCGUUUUCUCAACCGUUCGUCAGGAAUCUUACUUCUGAGAAUCCGUACGCCGGGCCGGACCCCUUUGAAUCCCUGCCGUAUAUGCCACUUCAAAUCAGCACGGAUGUGCUACCGAGCAGACCGUUUGCUACUGUGGACAGCGCCAAACCCGCCAGUGCCCCGGUAUUGGGGGAGACAGAGUUCUUGCGAUUCCCGUCGAGGCAACCGUCGGAAGUCUCCGCAUCUAGCAGCUCAGAAGGAGUUUUAAGUAUACUUGGACCACCUUUGAUUCCAAGUUUGCCCGAUAUUGGCGUCUCUGGACGACCUAAUCUGACGCAAGAUAUCUACUUAACAGGUAGUCCUAGCCUUGACGAGGUCUGGAAUGAGUACGACGAUUUUAUUGACCAUGUCAUGUCGCCUUCUCGAAGCAGGAAAAGUGUCAAGGCCCUGGCACGGCAAGGCAAACAAGUAGCGCUGCCUCAAGAGCCUCCUCCACAAUUCGCGAGGUCGAAUCAACACCCAGAGGAAGAGCAUCCGGACUCCAUCUUGUCAGAAUUUCCUGUGCCUGGCAUGAAAAGACCGCUAUUCGCACAGGCCCCAGCGACUUCAGCCACCCCUCCAGUUGUAUUCCCUCCACCUACGAUGCCUGAGCGCAUCGUAGGGGAGGACAUUCGACUGCGUCGAUCGAGAAUCGUCUCGGCGCUGCAUCCUGGAAGUGACCCUGCGUCGCCCUUCUCGAUUCGCGACAUACUCAGCGAGUACGAAAGUCAUCCACGACACAGUACUAAAGUGUCUGAGCGUCUGAGCACAUCCACAGCGGAUCGCUCCCUCGAGCGCCUGACUACGACAAGCAGUGCGCCUGAGAUGCCUCCGGAAUCGUCUCACCAAGAGAACAUUGCGCUUCUUGAUGUUGUGGAACGAGGCAAAGACCCUGUCGCUCAGUCAGAGCUGCACUAUGCCUCGCUCAUGGUGUCGAAGUGGUUAUCAUUCGGACGAGUUCUAUUCUCGCCUGCCCAUGAUGAUAUCGAAAAAUUCCCGGAGCGCCACAUCCUUGUCAUUGACGGAUUAGGGAACGAAGAUUGGUCAAUCUAUUGUGCAGUGACGUACGAGGCGCAAAAAGCGUAUGUCCACGAUCUCAAGGAGAAGGCCACAUCAAAGGGAAUGAAGACAUCGAAACCGUCCCAACAUGCUCCCGGCAAUCAUCGACGAGCAGAAGUUUCGAGUUUCUAUGACAAGUUCCCAUUCCCACAGGAUUUCUUUUCCGUGGUUGUCCUUCGCUUUCCUCCCGCAAUGGCUGAAGCAAAGAUGAAGAACAUUGUUUCUGAGUGUCGGCGUGUAUUAGCACCAGGUGGCUACCUGGAACUGAUGCUGCUCGAUCUUGAUAUCGUCAACAUGGGCGUGCAGACUCGGAGGGCUGUCCGAGAGCUCAAGUACAGAAUGACCACGGCAGACAAGCAGAUCAGCCUCCGGCCAAUUAUCGACAAUGUCCAGAGCGUGUUGGGCUCGCGGGGGUUCACCAACAUCAGCCGCUGCGUGGUCGGAGUGCCCGUCGCAGGGCGCCCGACAGGAUCUCCCGAUUCGUCGUCAUCUUCGCGCUCGAGUCGAGGAUCGGACGGUUUCCCAAAGCGAGGGUCCGGUGACACGCGGCCGGGAGAUGCGUCUCCACGAAUGACAUUUGGUCAAGGUCAUAGAGGAGCCAACCUAUCUUUGAACGACCUUCUUUCCGACCGCUCAGAUAAUGCGGAUCUCCGCAUCGGAAAGAUCGUUUCAAGGACGGCGCGAACGUGGUGGCAACAUUGCUUCGAAGCCAGCGUUAUUAGCGAUGGGAAUCUCGCCAGAAGCAUUUUCGCCGACAGAAAUGUUCUGGGAGAAUGUAAAGGGCGAGGAUCGAGUUUCAAGAUGCUUAUCGCAUACGCUCAACGACCAAUCGUCGAAUCAUCACGUCGGCGAACAAUGAGUGAGCCAGUGGUCCCAACAUUGGCUACAGCAGGGGGAAGGAUGCAGCAUCAGUCAUCACCCAGCAAUCCACGCACAGCUUGA